CUUGUCCUUGGGCUUUCUGUGGGUGCACCAGUGUCAGCUGCACUUGCAGGGGCCCUAGAAGGUGGCCUCCCUUCCUGGGCUCCCCAAGGCUGUCAGGGUGAGCGUGGAGAGUGGUUUCAUUCACCUCAGUUCUUGGGACUCUUCUGAGCACCAUUCACACAAGGAAGGGAGUAGGAGAAAGAGGACAAGUGGAUCCAACAGCCUCCAUUCCAGGGGAAUAAGGGCAUCGCCUCCUUUCCUUAGAGGACACUCCCUUCUAGUGGUGAAUGGGAACUCCCUUCCUCCUGCAGCAGCCUGCCUGCAGCAGUCCUGGUUAUACAGUGUGGACGCUGCAAAGCUGUCACUGCCCCGGAAAGAAAGCACCCAGAGCCAAGGCAAAGAGAGCUGCAGUAGCCUAGAGGUUCAGAGAGCCGACAGGGCUGCCGGGGAGGCAGCUGCAGCAAGGUGACAGUGACACACAGAGCAGACGACUCCAAGCAGGUUCUGCUUCCUCUGGGACGGUGCUGCGUGAGAGUGGAGAGAAUACAGCCCUCAGCCCACAAGCUCUCCAGUCUUGAAAGUGCCACAACCAGCAACCACUGAGCCAUGGCUGAAGGGGAAAUCACAACCUUCACAGCCCUCACAGAGAAGUUUAAUCUGCCUCUAGGAAAUUACAAGAAGCCCAAGCUCCUCUACUGUAGCAACGGGGGUCACUUUCUGAGGAUCCUGCCGGAUGGCACCGUGGAUGGGACACAAGACAGGAGCGACCAGCACAUUCAGCUGCAGCUCAGUGCGGAAAGCGUGGGGGAGGUGUAUAUAAAGAGUACCCAGACUGGCCAGUACUUGGCCAUGGACUCCGACGGGCUUUUAUACGGCUCACAAACACCAAAUGAGGAAUGCCUGUUCCUGGAACGGCUGGAGGAAAACCAUUACAACACCUAUGUGUCCAAGAAGCACGCCGAGAAGAAUUGGUUUGUCGGUCUCAAGAAGAACGGAAGUUGCAAACGUGGUCCUCGGACUCACUACGGCCAGAAAGCAAUCUUGUUUCUCCCCCUGCCAGUCUCCUCUGAUUAAAAAAAAAAAAUCUGUUCUGGGUGCUGACCACUCCAGAGAAGCCUUGAGGGGUCCUCACCUGGUUGACCCAAAAAUGUUCCCUUGACCAUUGGCUGCACUAACUCCCAGCCCACAGAGCCUGAACUUGUAGGCAUUGCGCUUCUAAAUGCCCAGUCCUCUUUUCUGCAGAGUCCUUUACCCCAGCAUGGUUUGGAAUAAAGGGACCAAAUUGCCAAUAGGGGCCAACUGGCUGGCCAGUCUGGGUCUGGGUUUGGAUGUCCAAUUGCCUCUGGGCACCUGCAGCAGGCUAAGCCCCUCAAUGCAAAGUGGGGCCACAGGAAGUGUGUUAAGGGGGCUGCCCAGAGGGUCAUUGGUAACUGCAUACCAUUUCCUUCUACUGAGUAAAUCCUGGCUGCAAUUCCCCCAAA